AUAUCGGUAAAGAGCCGAUAAUCAGGUUUGGCAAAAUCACAAUUUACGCUAUCCAACUCAGAAAAGUCGUCAUCUUCGUCGUCGUCGUCAGAAGAAGAAGAAGAAGAAAAAAAGAAGAUAAGAAAUUAUGUCUUCACUUGCAGCUGCUAGAGCUGAUAACUUUUACUAUCCUCCAGAAUGGGAUCCAAGUUAGGUUUGAAAUGCUUUUCAAUAUAUGGUGUGGUGGAUGCAAUUCUAUGAUUGCAAAAGGUGUACGGUUCAAUGCUGAGAACAAGCAAGUCGGAAAUUAUUAUUCUACUAAGAUAUGGAGCUUUAACAGGAAGUCUGGAUGCUGCAAACAUGAGAUAGUCAUUCAGACGGACCCAAAAAAUUGCGAGUAUGUGAUCAUUUGCGGGGCUCAGCGGAAAACUGAAAUGUUUGAUGUUGAGGAUACUGAGACAUUAGAACUCCCAGCUGAUGAAGAAAGAGGCAAGCUUGCAGAUCCAUUUUAUCGUCUUGCACAUCAGGAGGAGGAUUUGAAGAAGAAGAAAGAAGCUGAGCUAGUACUUGUUCGCCUUCAGCGUGUAUCUGAUGCCAGGCAUUCGGAUGACUAUGCCCUCAACAAAGCUCUACGUGCCAAACCUAUGUUUCUAAGCUUAAAUUGGUUUGUCAGUUACAUUAUUGUUAUGAACUUGCUCCCUAAUUUUACUUUCUGUUCUCAGAGUCAAACGAAGAGGGUUCUUGAAGAAGAAUCUGCAUCAAGGAAAUUGGGCCUAAGCAUUCGACUCCUUCCAGCAAGCGAAGAAGAUGGCGUUACUGCUUCAGGAGUCAAAUUUUCUUCCAAGUUUGAGAGAAACAGGAAAGAUAAGAGAGCAUUGAUUAAAGCUGCUUCAAUCUUCCCCAGAUCAUCUGGGUUGUCCUCGUCCAAUAAGAAGAGGUUGGAGCUGGAGUCCAAGAGAAGAAAAAUCUGUGCAGCUGCAGCUUCUAACUUGCUGACAGGGGGAUUCAAGCCAUCAUCAUGA